UUUGUAAACAGCAAGAAAACGAGUGAUUGAGCGAAGUCAAGGCUAUAGAAGCCGUAUAAACUCAGGAUGGCACUCUCUUCAGCUGUACAGGCGGCCAGGCAUUCCAGCCAGACCCUGUUUCGAGGGUACUCUUCGUUCCGUCGCUUCUCAGUACAUCAUUAUCGACGUUCAGUGGCUGUUCCCUCCGCCACAUCCAUUGCAGAAUCAUUUCUGUCACGCUUCCAGUCCCUGGGGCCGCAAACUCGCUCACAAUUUCUUGACGCCAAUCAGCUACAGCUCUUGUCACUCACAUUGAACCGCCCAUCUUUAUACCCUGAUACCCCAUCGCUGAACAAUGCUUCAGCGUCAAUACCUGCCGGCACCCCCCUCCCGCCAGGCUAUCACCUAGUUUACUUCACUCCCGCAUUUCUGGAAUAUGAACUAGGUGUGGAUGGUACCGACGCCUCCUACAACCCGGAGACUCCAUUCACCCGGCGCAUGUGGGCAGGCGGCGAGGUGCGCUGGCCGCGUGCCGCAGAUGGGAGCCCUAACCCAUUGCGCGUGGGACAAGAAGUCCAGGAAACUACAAAAGUGCUAAGUGCCGAACCCAAAGUGGUACGUAAGACCGGAGAGGAAAUGAUCGUAGUGGGCGUAGAGAAGGAGUUUCGCAACGAGCAUGGCGUGGCGAUUAUUGAUCGUCGGUAAGUUCUUAUCUUACACUUACACUAGUAUGUCCCCAUGGUCGUUGAA